AUGUCCUUGAGGCGUACCAACUCUCAACGUCUGUCUCGCCAGGGCUUCUCGCCUAUCCCAAACGACAACAUGAACAACGGUGACGCAACUAUCGACAUUCCCUUGCAGGAAGUCCACUCGACUGCUCAGAGGAAUGAUAGCAACACCCCUCUAGCCGGCAAUGGUCUCGGCCUCACAAAGACCUCGUCACGCCAACCUCCUCGCAACAUCGCUGGACGACGAGCCAGGAGGAACAUGGGCGACUCUUCAGUCGGCUACGAUGGAGAAGAAGACACGCUCAAUCGUAUGGGCAGAAUUUACAACAAGAUCCUCAACUUCAGUAUCGUCACUCGCUACUUUGUCUAUGUCUCACCAUUGGCUCUCUGCAUCGCUGUCCCCAUCAUCGUUGGAGCCACAGCUGCUCCCCAUGCAAAGAUUGGCGGCGUCCCAAUCGUCUGGUUCUUUACUUGGAUCGAAAUUGUGUGGUUGAGCUUGUGGGGCUCCAAAAUCGUCUCUCACUUCCUUCCCUUCAUCUUCCAAUUUGUCGCUGGUGUGGUCAGCUCGGGCACUCGCAAAUAUGCUCUCAUCAUCAAGGCCCUCGAAAUUCCUCUGUCUCUGGCAGGCUGGGCCAUCACCUCUCUGGCCACUUUCAUCCCUCUCAUGUUGCGCAAUCCCUACGCUCGCUCCAUCAACCAAGGCGAAGCACACUGGAUGAACAUCGUCAACAAAAUCUUGGCCGCUGCCUUGGUUGGUACCCUCGUGCUAUUGAUCGAAAAGUUCUUCAUCCAGCUCAUCAGUAUCAACUACCACCGCAAGCAAUUCAACGCCCGCAUCAAGGAGUCCAAGCGCAAUGUCUAUCUGUUGGGUCUGCUCUACGACGCUUCCAGAACCCUUUUCCCUGCCUAUGAGGUCUUUGCCGAAGAGGACUACAUGAUCGCCGAUCAGCUCAACCUGUCCAUGUUGGGCGGAAAGAGGAGGGGCAAUCACAAACGCGGCGGUUCCACUACCCCCUUCCGCUUGUUGCAGAACGUCGGAAGAUUCGGUGACCAGGUCACUUCUGCCUUUGGAAAUGUCGCUCAGGAAAUUACUGGAAAACAGGUCUUCAAUCCUAAUAGUGCUCACUCCAUCGUUACUGGUGCUCUUGAGAGAAGACGUACCUCCGAGGCUCUGGCCAGACGCUUGUGGAUGUCUUUUGUCAUCGAGGGCAGGGAAGCCCUGUACGAGGAAGAUCUUGUUGAAGUACUUGGUGAGAGCCGUAAGGAAGAGGCAGAGGAAGCCUUUAUCAUGUUCGACAAGGAUUGCAAUGGUGACAUCUCUCUCGACGAGGCUGUUCAGCAGGUCAUCCAGAUUAGCCGUGACCGCAAGGCUCUUGGAACCAGCAUGCACGAUGUCGACCAAGCCAUCAACGUUCUGGACAGACUACUCAUGGUUAUUGUCUCUAUUAUCAUCAUCUUCACCUUCAUUGCUUUCCUCAACAAGAGCUUCACCACCACCUUGGCUACUGCCGGAACAACUCUCCUCUCUCUAUCAUUCGUCUUCUCCGUUACUGCUCAGGAAGUUUUGGGAUCUUGCAUUUUCUUGUUCGUCAAGCACCCUUACGACAUUGGAGAUCGUGUCGACAUCGGUUCUGAUCAUCUCGCUGUCGAUCACAUUUCCUUGUUGUUCACUGUCUUCCGUCGUAUCAGCGGCCUGGAGGUUGGCAAAAGCGUUCAGAUUCCCAACAAUGUACUCAACGGUCUCUGGAUUGAAAACGUCAGCCGCAGUAAGCUCAUGAAGGAACAGCUCACUCUGGACGUUAGUUUCGAUACAACAUUCGAGGACCUUCAACUUCUCAAGAUGGAGCUUCUCAACUUUGUAACCGACAAGGAAAACAGCCGCGACUUCCUUCCUGAUAUUGACGUUGAAGUCUUGGGAACUUCCGAUAUGUCCAAGUUGCAAUUGAGAGUUGAAGUCAGACAUAAGGGUAACUUUGCCAACGAGACACAACGUGCAGCCAGACGCUCGAAGUUCAUGUGCGCACUAGUCCAGGCUCUGCGCAAGGUGCCUAUCAACGGUCCCGGUGGUGGCGGUGACGCUCUUGGUGGCCCCGCCAACCCAUCAUACUCUGUUUCUGUCUCGGAUGGAUGGGCUGUUGAAGCUCGUGAGGCUUCUGCUGAUGCUAAGGAUAAGGCUAGACUUGUGCCUACAAAAAAGGUCGAGGAAGCCUUGAGCCCUACUCAGACACGUUCAAAGCACUCAGGCACCGGCCCUCUUGGUCUCUCAGCAAAGGAAACAGCCAUCGUAGAUAACCUACACUCUCAAGCACCUGGCCUGGACACCACACGCGAAGAACCUUGGAUGGAAAACGGCAGCAGCACAUUAGACGAACGCUCGAACUCCGACCGUGCCCAGGACAUUGAAGAUGUCAGAGGCAUGCUGCGUAGAGAAACCACAAAAGGAAAACGCCGCCCUUCAGACCGCCCUUCUCAGCAGUCCAAUAUCCCAGCAAUUAAUGAACCCAUGCCUCCUAUGGCAUACACCGGCUAUGCUCAAACAGCAGAAGCAAGUCUUGACGUCGACGACUAUGAGCAAUACCGCACACAAGCACAAGGUACUCAGGGCUUGAACCUCAGCAUCCCCAACUCUGGACCUGCACUACCUACCAGCCCAUCAGCGUACGUGCAAGGAACAAAUUACGUGGACGCAACCAGAACGACAUCUGGCCGCCAACAAUCUGGUCAGAAUGUUGAGAUGAGUCAAAUGGGCCGAAGUCCCAGUAACCCUUAUCGCCAGCCGUCUACAAGGCAGGCCUCGCACCCUUAUGACAGUGACUAA